UGACCGUGUUGCAUAAAAAUGAAAACCAAAUAGGAAUCACUAAUCAAACAGUAAUUUCUGCAACAGGGUUAAUCUGUCCCUUAGUUUGACCCGGUCACUGUAAAUAUGGCUAAAGGAUGGAUAAGUGGAGAUGAGAGCGCAAAAGAAAUGCUGGGCAGGGCUCUUAAAGAUCGACCAUUGCUGAUGUUGCCUUCCCCCCUUAAUAGGGUACCUCUUGGUGUCAAUAACAUCGUUGAGAUUUUAGGGCCAUCUCCUUCUGCCAAAAGCGAGAUCUUGCUGCAAAUGGCUGUUACUUGUAUUCUACCCAAGAACCGAAAUGGAGUGGAAUAUGGAGGCAUGGGACUUUCUGUGUUGUUCUUGGACUUAGAUUGUCGACUUGACAUCUUUCGCCUUUCGCAGUCUCUGAAACUACAGAUAACGAAAGCCAUUAGAUUGCAUAAAGUUACAAAUAAUCAGAAGGAUGGUGAAUACGAAAUUGAGGAAUUGAACUUAUUUACAGAGUGCAUGAAAAGGUUUUCUUACACACGUUGCUAUGAUAGCUUUGAGUUUCUUGCUUGUUUAAAGGUAUUGCAUUACAAACUCGAGAAAGAUAGAAGCAUGGAUGGUAGUGCCAGUGGUGUUCGUGUUCUUAUGAUUGACAACAUAGGCGCAUUUUAUUGGAUUGAUCGUGUCUUCUCAUCUCUCCCUCAAGGGAACACCAGUAGGAAAAAUAUCUGUCUUCAAAGUGUUACUGAAGCCGUUGUUCAAGAGAUAAAGAAACUUUUGAUGCUACAUCCCCUGCUUGUUGUAGCUACAAAAACAGUUACAAGUCAAGUCAAAAGCUCAUAUUCUAGCCGGGUUUCAAUCCCUUUAUAUCGUGAGUAUAUGCCAUCAAUCUGGCAGUCUUUUGUUACUCACAGGAUUCUUGUUAGAGCUGCCGACGACAAAAGAAAGCUUAAUGAUCGGGAUUCAUAUUUGGCAGAGUGGUUGUUGCCAGCUCUAAAGCUCACAGAUCAGUUUGUUGUUGAUGACAAUGGAAUUACCACUUUGAUGCGAGGAUUAGUAAACUAAACACUAUGCAGUUUCAUGAUUUUGGUUUUUGGAUGCAUUCUUUGUGCUCGAUCAAACAUGAAAAGUAAUGUAAAUUUCAUCACAUGGCCGAUUCUGCUUCACCAAAGUCGGGAUUGAUAUAUCUUCAGUUGCAGAAUCAUCAGGACACUAUGGUAAUCUUCCAUAUAUGUUUGUAUAUAUCGAAACAUACAUACUGGAAUAGAAGGUUCAAAUUAGCACAUAACAUAACAUAGUGGCAAAUUGCAGGAAACAUAUGCACGCGGUAUAGUUAUAGAUUUUUGUCACCAUGUGAACCAGAAAAUGUCACGUAGAGUUGUAGACACAUGAUUUGACUGCUGAUAUCAAAUUUAACAAAUGCAUAGCCUUUUGGAACUGCUUUGGGCUCUUGCAAUACCUUUGAAUAUUUCAACGUUGGUUUUAGAUUUUGAGGCAAUUUGAGCAGUUUAAGUUUUAAAGCAACUGAUGGUUGUUAUUCACUUUAUGCCCUUACUUUUUUGAGUUUGCAUUCUGU